UGCCGUGGAGCGGGGCCUGGGGCAGUUUGGCUCCGUUCUAACCCUUUUUCCCGUACAGGUCCCUCGGUAGACCUCUUCUUAAGAGUCAGAAGUCCAAGUCCAGUUACUGCUGCAGUUGUACAACAGUGUUUGGAAUGUUUGCAGCCAUAUAAGCAACGAGUUUUUUCUUGGUGUGUGGUUUCAGCACAGCAUGGCUGUGUUCAUCCACUUGCAAGGUCUUCCGAUUGUGGUGGGGACCAUGGACUUCUCUGGAUUGACCAUUCCUGAUGGGGGCGUGCAUAUUGUAGGGGGUGAACUGGGGGAAUAAAAUCAGCAGUGUUGAUAUUACAAAAUGACAAAACAUCCUCCGAAUAGAAGAGGGAUCAACUUUGAGGUGGGAGCCCAGUUGGAAGCCCGUGACAGAUUAAAAAACUGGUAUCCAGCUCACAUUGAAGAAAUUGAUUAUGAAGAAGGAAAAGUACUUAUCCAUUUCAAACGCUGGAACCAUAGAUAUGAUGAAUGGUUUUGUUGGGACAGUCCUUAUUUGCGUCCCUUAGAGAAAAUACAGUUAAGAAAAGAAGGAUUACAUGAAGAAGAAGGUUGUGCAGGAUUUCAUAUAAAUGAUCAGGUAUUGGCAUGCUGGUCUGAUUGUCGCUUCUAUCCAGCCAAAGUUACUUCUGUUAACAAAGAUGGUACAUACACUGUGAAAUUUUAUGAUGGUGUAGUUCAGACUGUCAAAAACAUUCAUGUCAAAGCUUUUUCCAAAGAUCAGAAUACUGUGGGUAAUGCUAAGCCUAAGGAAAGAGGUAAUGAAAUUCUGUCAUCUCCUGAAAAGCAGGAGAAAUUUAAAGAACAGAGGAAAGCAACAAGUAAUGCAAAGAAAGACAAGGAUGAAAAGACAUUGAAGACUGAGAAAAGAGUUAAGCAACCUGAUAAAGAAGGAAGAUUGACUGUCAUCUCGGAAAAAGGCAAGGUCUCAGAAAAGAAUAUAUCUAAGAAUGGAAAAGAAGAUAAAGAGAAUAUAUCAGAGAAUGAUAUGGAAUAUUCAGUAGAUGCAGAAAUUGAGAAGAAGCCUGAGAAUGACAAUGUAAAGAGUCCACAGGAAAACACAAAAGAAACUAAACGAAAACGUGGAAGACCGCCGAUAACACCUCCAACAGAACCAAGUUCUCAGACACUGCAGCCAAUAACUUUGGAGUUAAGACGUCGGAAAAUACCUAAAGGAGGUGAAGUUCCAUCAAAGCGCCUCAGGAUUGAAAAAAACUUCUCUCAGGAAAAAUUGAAGAACUCUUCAGAUAACCCUGAAAGAGACCAGAUCAGGAGACGAUCUUCAAGACUCUCGUCUAGUAUUAGCCAUGAGAUUUUAAAUACCGAUCAUGUCACAACUUCAACAGAAAUUCAGCAUUUGAAAGAUGCAGUAUCUAACCAAAAGGAAUCUGAGAAGGUCCACUUAGAAAUUCCUGUUGAAUCUGACCAAAGGUUCAGUGAACAAGGGUUGCCUGGAAACGCAUCACAUAGCACAGCAUUCAGUACGGAUGCCAGUUUACAGGAAGAAAAAGUUGAAGACACUGAGUCUUUGUCUGUAACUGUCCGAACUCAAGAACCUUCUGCUGCUACAGUAACAAAACCUUGUAGGAGAGCAGAUUUUCUUGCAUCAAAAAAAGCUGCAACUGUUGAUCAAGAUCACCAGUUUAGAUGCAAGUUCUUGGACUGUUCAAAAUCCUUCCGCAAAGCCAAGUUGUUGCAUUAUCACUUGAAAUACUUUCAUGGAGUGGAGAAGGCUGCAGAAUCACAGCAGAACCCUGUAAAAAGAAAUAUUCAAACCAGAGCUUCUUUGGCUUCUGAAAAAGCUAAUCAAGAAAGGUCAAAAAGAGGACGGAUUGCAGCUAGUUCGCUCUCUGUUAAAGAACAUGAGAAGAACAAAGAAAGAAAAUCCAAAGACUAUGGAAAGUCCAAGUCAAAGAAAAAGAAAAAAAAGAAAAAGCGAUCUAAGCCUGAAUACUCUGGCAGUGAAGAAAACACAGAUAUUUUGCAGGAGCUUUCUUCUGAAAAAUCAGUUGUCACAAAAUGUAUUUCUUCAAAUAAAUCAUCUGCACACCCAAGCACACUGUUGCAGUGCUCUGAUUCUGGGCAGCACAGAGGAAAAUCAAAAACAAAUGAGGAUGACGCCCUGAGUGAGUCAUCUAUGGAUAGCUUGCCUUGGAGUGAUGAUGACUGCAGUCAAGAUGUUGAUGUAACCACGAACCCUGAUGAAGAAGUUGAAGACAGUGAUUUUGAGAUUGUUCGGUGUGUUUGUGAAGUAAAAGAAGAAAAUGACUUCAUGAUUCAGUGUGAAGAGUGUCUGUGCUGGCAGCAUGGAGUCUGUAUGGGCUUACUGGAAGAUAAUGUACCUGAGAAAUACACCUGCUAUGUUUGCCAAGAUCCUCCAGGUCAGAGGUCCAGCUUAAAGUACUGGUAUGAGAAGGAGUGGUUAAGUAAUGGUCACAUGCAUGGCUUAGCAUUUUUGGAAGAAAAUUAUUCCCACCAGAAUGCCAAGAAGAUAGUAGCCACUCACCAACUUCUUGGCGAUGUACAGAGAGUGAUAGAAGUACUGCAUGGACUGCAGCUGAAGAUGAGCAUAUUACAAAAUAAAGAACAUCCUGACCUAAAGCUUUGGUGCCAUCCAUGGAAGCACAUUACGGUGGAUGAAAAAAUUCAUACAAAACAUAUCAUUCACAUUGAGGAGAACUGUUGCAAAGAGGAUACGGCAAGUUAUAGAACUUGGAAUGGGACAGUUGAGAAACCCUCAACCAUUCCUUCUGUGGAGGAAUCUUACAUUACGAGUGAACACUGUUACCAGAAGCCUCGGGCCUACUACCCUGCGAUAGAGCAGAGAUUGGUUGUGGAAACAAGAGGUUCAGCCAUGGAUGAUGGAGUAAACAGAAUAAGGGAAAAUGGGGAUGAUGCUCUGUCAGAGAGAUUUGGCUGGAAUCUGGACCGAGAAAUAUGCAAGGUGGAAAAUGAAUCUAAACACAAUUACUCUAAGGUAAGAGAGUCUGUCUCCAAGAAGGUCUCUCCAGAGGAAGCUGUUGAAAUGAAAUUGCUGGAAAAAGACAAAGAAGGAGUUGUGAACUCGCAGCUGCAGUGGCAGCUUAAUCUUUUAGCUCAUGUGGAAUCUCUGCAAGAUGAAGUCAUACACAGAAUGGAUUUCAUUGAGAAGGAGCUAGAUGUUUUGGAGAGUUGGCUGGAUUACACAGGAGAGCUGGAACCACCAGAACCACUAGCUCGACUCCCACAACUCAAACAUUGUAUAAAGCAGCUUAUAACGGACCUAGGCAAAGUGCAACAGAUUGCACUUUGCUGCUCAACGUGAGACUAGAAAAUGUUGGAGACUGAGUGUGAAGUUGGAGCAUCUGAUGUGAACAGCUCUGUAUAUUUAAAUGAAAUUAGCAUGCUGGUUGCAUGUGAUGCAGAUUGACUUCAGGGAUUUGUGAAGAAGUGCGGUUCAAAGAACAGCAAAAUGGUUAUUUUAUCUCAUAAUUUCGGGUUUAUUAGGCAAUUAUAACGCUAUAGAAGAGGUCAUACUGUUGUCUUCAGAGGUUGGGUGUUGGUUGAUAAAUUAUACUUAAAUUUUCACUCCUUACAAGUUGCUCAUUGAAACAGUAGACUUUUUCAUAAUUAAAUUGACUAAAAAUUGUGCCACUGAAGAACAGAGUUCUAAGAGCCAAAAAUGUUUAGUUGAUAGAGGUUGUAAAUAACGUUGCAUAGUUUAAGUGACUUGUGUCAUGUUUUACUCCUUCUGAUUUAUGCAUAAUAGCACAUGGUAUUUAAUCACUAGGAAAUGUUAUAACAGUUUUCAGACGUAGUAAGUAUGAAUGUCCAGCUCUUAACUAUAAAGUGUUACGUGGAGGUUUGCAAGUAACAGUGGCCUAAACCCCACUUCUAUUAUGUUAAAUAAUGUAGCAGAAGGUCACAGGUGGAUUGCACUUAUUUUCAGAAUAAAUGAUUGUUUUCCGUAUUUAUCCUGUCACUAUCACAUGACUUGGUACUGGGGAGACCCAUUAAUGUUGUGUUUAUGUGUGUUCUUGAGCUCUUAAAUAUGGCCAUACUGUGCCUCCUGAAGCAGUGCUAGUGGGAUGCCCUUGUUGCGGUAGUAUGAAAUACCACCGUGAAUAGACUGGAGAUGUGCUUGGAGUUCCAGACUUCAACAAGGUCUGUAAUGGACGUUAUGUAGUUUUCUACCCAUUUGUUAAUAAUUGCCAUUCCUGUUAUAUUUUGAAAUGUAGACUUUUUUCAAUACUCUGAAUGUGUUCAUUGUAAAAACUUAUUCCAUGAAUGUGUGGGUUUGGGAAUCAGUUUAUUUUGUAUUUGUGUAAAUAAAGCCUCAAGAUCUAUGCAUGAGGUACUGUCCUCACAGACAGUGAGUGGGUUAUUAUCUUAAAUGGUGUAUGUUCACAAAGUCCUUUUUUAUACCUUAAGUUUUAAUUUUCUGGUUUGUAUUACUUUGAGAGCAAGGUGAAAAUGCUGCUUAUGUUGAAAUUGCAUUAUACAGUAUGUUUUGAAACAUUGGUGUAAUGUAAGAAUUUGAGAUGUUAAAAGUCUUUCAGCUGCAGAUCAUAGCUCCAUAAAUAAUGACUGUGACUUUAGUUUUCCUUCCCAAAUGUUGCUGAGUUAAGUUCACUGUGGAAAAUGGUAAGCUGUUUUUGCAGUGAGAGGGUGUCCUUAAAAAGCUGGAUUCUUUACCUUGACUUUGUGUGUGAUGGUACCACCAAAGGGUAAAAUUUAAGCACAGUUGUAAUUGAAAGACCCAUAACUGUACAAAUUACUAAUUUUUUAUAUGAAUCUGUAAUCUUUGUAUACUGCAAAGAAUAAUGUAAACUUGAAAUAUCCAAUAUUAUUGUAGGAGUUAACACGAUCUACACAGUGAAUACUUUAUUUCCUUCAGAAAACAAAAUAAUUAGGCUACUCUAGGUAAUAACUAAGGCUUUUGUGCCAAGACUCAUUUCAGGGAAUAAUUUGUCUCAGUUUUAUAGUACUAGUUGGUAUAUAGUGAAUACAACAUAUGUACAGCAGAAAAAUAAACUUAUUUUUCUGUAACACAGUUGAAAUAAAGCUUACAUGAUAUUUAAGAAUCACUUUGCUCUCUGAAGAUGAGACCAAUGUUCAUACCUUGUCUCAUUCCUGUUCAUGACACCUGGAUUCAUGUAUACUGUGUAGCUCUAGAACAAGCGGCAGUAACCAGACCACCAGAACAGCAUCAAAAGGAGCACCCUGGACAACUGUGAAGGUUUUUUGUUUUUUUCAGGUGAGAUCGACCAGAAAAGCGUUCCCUGGUUCAAAUCUGUAAAGCAAGCACUCCAAACAGGCGUCUCUUGAGAAGAACAUAGCUGGAUUGUUAACAAGUCAGCUGUGCUUACAGUUUGAGGGUAUGACAGCAGUUAAACCCCUGAGCAGACUUUUCACUCCAGAGUGGAACUUCUCCUUCCCAACCAAUUGCUUUUUGUGUGUUCAUUGUAUGUUUUUACUUUGCCAGUUUAUUUUUGCUCAGGGCAGUAUUUAAGAUUUGGAAGAAAAGGCAGUUCUGAUGGGUGAAUCAAAUGGCAAAUACUGGAGACUUGUUUACCUUUACUAGAGCUAGGGAAGCCCUUGCAGAUAAAGACUGAAAAUAUUUAUUUAAAAUAGAAUAGCAUUUCUCAUAUUCAGGAAAGAUUCUUUAUUGUGCUCUGCCUGGAUUCAUUUUUGUCCCUGUUUUUGCAAGUUUCCACAUUGUUACUUCGUAGUCUGGACCAACUGUUUGGUCUGGGAGGUCACUUUUUUAUUUCUUUAAAUCACUGGUAAGUGAAUGCAACAUGGAGCCUUGAUGAAAUGAGCAAACAUUGCACUGUGGACACAUAAGUAUAUUUGUCUUUGUUUAUGCACUAUUAGAACUGAGGGCGCUGUAUAUAGAAUUUUGCUUUGGAGCAAUAUUUGCAAAACUUGAAAACUUCUGUAUCUUGGUGUUUGGAGUAA